AUGAACUCGGAAGACCUGGGAAUGGGCGAUGACGCGUACACUAAGGCGAUGGCAAUUCUGAACAGGUACGCUACCAAAGACCAGAAAAUCAGCGCCCCCACGAACGACCAUCAGUCCUGCAACAGCGCGCAGCCCGUGUCACGGAAUUUCUCCAACACUAACACAGAUGCGGGCGCGGGGGCUGGCCAGGCGGGUAAACUUUCAAUCUCUUCUGCUCGAACCAGGCCCGAGAGCAGUACGCGCAUCAGACGGUGGUCGAAGUCACCGGCCCCACCCCAACCCCCGCCCAAGCCGAGGGCUACUACGGGCUGCUUCGGGCCACGUCAGAAGCCUGAACCACCUCCCGAGCCCGAGGACCCCUUCAUUAGAUUGUCUGCAGUGCCAGAGUUACCAAUGACCGGACCCAUUGAACCGGAUGCGACUUGUGAACGAGACUUGGACAAUGCCAGUCCAAUUACUCUCGGGUUGUGCGAACAAUUUCCAUGCCAUUAUUGCAUAUUUGUCUACAGUCGCCCAAGCGAUGUAAGUUAUUCUUGAUUUCUAACUUGCUACCGCUGCCCUGUGGACAAUACUAUCUAUUUUUUAAUGAAACUGGUGGCUCGCGAUCAGGUCCUUUUUGUGUAACACUACGGAAACUAGUAAGGCGCCUUAAAUUUUGGAUCCUGCAAAGUUUUCAGUUGGCUUAUAACUAGAUAAAUAUUCGCCUUAAGUUAGACCACAGUGGCUCCUGAAUGAAGAUGCCGACGGGAUAGAACUACCCGCAUCUGAGGGUCCUGAUUCAUUUGAGUUAGACACCAAUACCUGCGUGGCUGUUGUAAACGGGCGAUAACUGCCUUUUCAGUCACGGCUGUGGCUAUCGAGGAUGUUGUGGAAUGCACACACGGUGUGAUGUAAAACGGACAUUUCCUGGUCUUGAAUAGGCGAAGCAAAGUUGUCAGGCAUUCCAUCGCAAUCAAACAAGAUAGAAAAAGGUCUAGGUGGGUACAAAAGAUAGGUCAAUAACAGAAUAGAUUUUUAGUAGGUGGGCUAACUCAUGAAAUGGCAACCGAAAUUCCGAAACGCGUUUUCGUUUGGAAAAGAAUUAUUAGAUAGGGUUGUAAAACUAGUCAGCCUGCCACAUCAUUCUGUAAUAUUUCAGUUACCUCAGGAUAUCGGAUUUCGAAUGAACUUCCUUCUGGUUGCAUACAAAAACUACACUCUGCAAAAAAUGACUAAUUAAGUAGCAUGAACUUUACUCAUUGAUUUUCGAUGCUUCUAAAGGUCCAAUUAUAUUUCAUGAAAAGCAUGCACAAAAAUAUUUAUUCUUUCACUCGUUCGGUAGAACAUUACGUCUUCUUUUAAUUUUAUACUCGAAAGAGGGACAUAAUUCGGCCUAAAAAGUUUCUAAUUGUGGAACGUUUAAAUAACGUGAAAUGGCCGUUCAUAAAUCGUCAUGUCUCUGCAUUUGCCAAUGUGUCCUGUAAAGUUAACGAUAUGGAUCAAAUCCACUGUUUUAUUUUAUGAACUCCACAUGGUCUCCUCUCAAUACCGUAGAGAAAUGUGUGCUUUUGCAUACGCGGAAAAUAUACGGCUUAUAGUUUGGAAACCCUCAAUCCAAGUGUAACGGUAGAGCGGGUUCAAAAUUAUUUGGGAAUUGGAAAACGUUUUUGAAAACCGAAUUAUGUCCCUCCUUCGAGUAUAAAACUGGAAUAAGACGUAAUUUUCUACCUAAUGAGCAAAAGAAUGAAUAUUUUUAUGCCUCCAAAGUCGGACUCCUGAGGUAACUGAAAUAUUAUAGAAUUAUGUUGCAGGCUGACUAGUUUUACUACCCUACCUAAUUAAUCUUUUCAAAACGAAAACGCAUUUCGGAAUUUCGGUUGACAUUUCAUGAGUUAGCCCACAUACUGUAAUGUAGAGUAAGUGUAUAUAGAGUAAGUGUGUAAACAAGAGGGAGAAGUUACAACAAGAAAAUGACCCAGCUGGAUGGUAGGUGACACAGUGAUGCCUCCUCAACAAACGAUGUGGGAUGCAGCGCUGUGGGCAACUGCAGGUAAGGCACGUGGGUCGGACACUGAAAUAUUCCCCCCCCCCCUCGAGCACCGUAAAUGGCCUCGCGCUCAGGUCUAGGGGGCUCUGCUCCCCUCUCCUGGAUCUAACCCCAAUCCUAACUCUCCAGGACGUUAGGACAGAGCUACCAGUAAUACGGGGACAGGGAGAUCAUAGUACCGCGCCCAACGGGGUCGAGAAGCUUACUGACGCGGAAGGCGAGAGGAGCGUGUUGCGGCAAGCACUGGUGGUGGUGGUGGUGGUGGUGGUGUUUGGGGGGCGUAAAAAGUUACGAGGGAAGUGACACCGGCCAUCUACGCUGACACACGAUCAUACCGAGGUUAUCAUGGAUUCUAGCGAAAAUGUGUUUUUAAACCAAUUCGAACGACUCUGCGUCUAUUCUCGCCUUUGGUUCUCCUAGUCGCCUUUUGUAGAUCGAAGCAUGGUGAAAAUAGGCCAGCAGUAUGAGAACGGUACUAGGCAACGGCCUUCGGUGUGUCCGUCUAAACUGUCCACUUAUAGGAAACCACGUUUGCCCGACGAUGGGCCUAAAAAUAACCAUAAUCAGCCAGUAUUUAUAGAACGAAAGAUUAUAAAAAAACGGAUUACGAUCAGAUCUUCCUAACAAGUUGUCCAAAGAGAUAGCUGUCGGAGGGAGUAAUUGUAAAAACGAGGGAGACUUGGGUGAUCAUUUCUGAGAUGAUAGCCGUUGCCAACCAGCCAUUCCCAACUCUGAUGUGUACAACCCAUGGGAUUUGAUCCCGCGACCUGUUAGUUAGGUCUCUAACGCCCUAACCACUGCGCCAGGGGCUCGUUGUCCUGUCAUUUGUGAUGGGGUAUAUACAAUGGCCUGGUUGCCCUAGGAUUCGAACCCUGGUUUUUUGGUCAUCGAGCGUUAAGUAGCCCAAAGCUCAAAAACUGAGCCAGAGGGCUGCUGUCCUGUCGGUUGUGGUCGGAGAGAUCUACUGUUUUAGGAAGCGUGUCACUGUUCCGGACCAUCCUCGUCCCGUAAUGAUCGCCCCGUUUAUUCUGCCGCAGAGUAGAAACGAAGAUUUGUCGUGCAAAUGACGCUCAUUGGUCUGGACCUAUUUAAGGACGGAAAUUGGUCGAGGUCCCUAACUGUUCUCUUAAACAGGAAACGUGCAUUGUUCGGUACUUACGGAAAAUGUUCUAACCUUUAGCGUUCUUCAAAGUGAGCUGCUCCGGUUCGAACCAAGUAACGCAGCCUGGGUCAAAUAGGCUAGGAUUGGCCAAUCAGAUGUCGGCAGCACGUCCUGUCUGUCACAUUCAUGUAAUGACUUGUGGAUGUCAAAGCCUCAUUUCAGCGGGGCGCUGCCCCAGGUAUGUAGCACUAAAGUGACUAAGUCGAACGUUCUGUGCACAGCACUGCAUUAAAUGAUACUAAACAUCAGUCUGCAUAAUCUAUGGUGUAAUUCAGUCUACAGGUUGACCGUCCACGAUUAAACAUCAUGCCUGAUAGCGUCGACGGUCACAAAGGGUUGUCAACUGGCAAUCGUUUUACUUUGCUCUCGAACACUCUAUUCUCUUUUCCACUUGUUCUGACAGGUGGAUGUAGACACAUUUCCGUUCCGACGGAAUGAACUCAUUGCUCAGAUCAACGACGCACCGGACGAUGAGGCUCGCAGAAUGAUUCUGGACAGUCAGGAAUACCGCGAUGCCAUACGUGACCGACGUGUAGUAUACAUCGAAAUCAACACCAGCUGUAGAAUUCGUCUGGGUGAGCUGGAGGGCAGGAAGUCCCUGAAGAAGGGUCUGCCUCGUCGACGACUCACCAUUGCCGGACCCACCUUCUCGCAUAUUUGCGUUGCAGUCCAGUUGCUGGAGCACAUGUUUCCCCGACUGAUGCAGUAUGCCCUCUAUCCCUAUCGUCUACCACCUCCGGCAUCGGCCAACUACACCUCGAAGGAGAAGCUCACCGUCAAUUACAGUGACUACGUGACUAGGCAGCCUGCCUGGCUUGGUCUCGUACCGGACAUUGAAGAACGUAGCUGCUGGCGCAAAUUCUACAGCCCUAUGCAGCCGAAAGAAGUUUAG